AUAAAAGGAAAAAAGAGAUGAACGAGAAGAUAAUAUAAUACCGAAGAGGAACAGAAGCAUCGUCAUAUCCAUGGCGACUUUCUUCAGCGUCUCCAAUCCAAUCUCUCAACCCUCCUCAUUCGCUUCUUUCAGUGGCGCGCCCUUCUUCAACUCUCCGCCGCUUCGCAUCCACGCCGGCAGCCGGAAACGGAGAAGCACGGCGGUGGUCGCUCGUGCGGGCCCCAACACCAAGAGCAUCCUCUUUGCAAUCGCGCUCCCUUCCUCUCUCCUCGCCGUCACCAUUUUCUCUGCACUUCGAAUGGGCGAUAAGCUCGACCAAGACUGGCGCGAGGAGAUGGCAAAAAUGGAAGCUGCAAAGGAACUUGAUGAAUAUGACGACAGCGAUGAUGGAAGUCAAGAUGACAGUAUGGAAACUUACGUGCAAGAAGAACCUGCCCUGAAAGAAGAACCUACCCUGAAAGAAGAACCUACCCUUCCACAUACCCGCAACAGACCCAAAAGGGAAGCUUAAUUUUCAUUGUUUAUAAAUACAUAUUUUUAUGUAGGAUGAUCUUGCUGCAGUAGAUAGAUCAACAAUCUUUCAAAUGUAGAGGGAGUGGGGAGGUGCCUUUAUUUUGAAAAUAACAAUAAAAAGGUAUGCUAAAAACAUUACGUUUCGUAGUUUUCACACUUGAACAUGUAAGCGCAGAAAAAUAGCUGUUUCAUUCUUGAUCUUAGCAAAGACUAUGAGCAACCGCAAAUCCCUUUGUAGUUAUUCCCCAAAAAAUAUAUUAUCUCACAGAAGUCGUAUUGAAUUGUCAGCUACAUUGUGCCAGUUCUUGUUUGUUACAAGUGGAUGACUACGAGUUUCUCAUUGUCUUUA